GUGCUUUCCCUUUUAAUUUGUAUUACAGUUCUUGCUUUAACUUGUAAACGUUAAUAAAAGCUAAAGAAAUGACGUCUGCGAAUAUUUUACUGGAUCUUUCGGUGAUUGGGCAAGGAAUUCAGCACCUUAGUAUUUGUAAUGAUGAGAAAAUUGAAGAAAAAUUGGUCAGAUCCUGCGUAAUAGGCGAAAAUUCAAGCUUUUAUUUUACCAAAAACGGUCGGGCUUUUUUACCUGGAGACUCGGUUCAAAAUGGUGAUUAUUUGGCGGCUAAAUUUCGCUUGUUGGGAGGCAAGGGCGGAUUUGGGUCUAUGCUAAGAGCUCUUGGGUCACAGAUUGAAAAAACAACAAAUAAUGAAGCUUGUCGUGACUUGAGUGGCCGCCGAAUGAGAGAUGUCAACAAUGAGAAAAAGAUGAUUGAAUAUGUGAAGCAGAAGGCUGAAAAAGAGAGAGAAAAAGAAAAAAGAAAAAUAGAGAAGCUGGAAAAAUGUUUAGAAAAACCAAAACACUUUUUCAACGAUCCAGCUUACGAGAAGAGUUUGGAACAAACAGCUGAUAACGUAGAAAACGCUUUGAAAACGGGACUGGUUGCACAUAAGAGGAAAGCUAAGACUGUAAAGAAACCAUCGAAAACCAAGAAAAGCAAGCAGUGGUUGGGGUUUGAUGACAUCAGUGGAUCGUCAUCAGAUAGUGACGAAGACGACUUCGAAACAAAUUGCAGGGUCAGCAAAAAUAAUUCCGCUGACUCAGUGGGAGGAAGCUCUACCUCCAAUGAAGAUAAAUCCUCUCUUGAGAAAACAAGUGAAGAGCAAAAUUCAGAAACAAGAAAAGCUGAUGUAACAGAAGAAUUAGAAAAUAAUAAAGAUAAAAUAUCCUCUUUGGAAGAGAAAGAGCAAAAUCCGGAGAUUAGUAAAGAGGAUUCACAAAAAAAAGAUUCAGAGAAAACUUCAGGAUCAAAAGACGCAGGAGAUUCAAAUGCUAAAGAAGAUUCAAAGAAAGAAUCUGAAACUUGAUGAUAAAUAAUAUCUGGAUGCUUAUUGUUUUUAUACUGUCUCAAAACCAGAAAUCUGCUCUUGUUUUGAACAUAAAUAAUUUAUAAAGCUUUUGAUAGGUUUAGACAUAUCUGUAUGUUGAAAAUAAAAAUACUGUUUAAAACUGUA